CGUGCACAGCCACAGAAGUUCGAGCGCUCGAGCGAAGCAAAAUGGCGGAACUCGAGGAUGUUACGUUAGACGGUAAACCGCUUCAUUCGCUUCGUGUGGCGGAUUUAAAAACAGCAUUGGAGCAAAGAGGCCUCGCCAAAAGUGGACAGAAAAAUGCACUUAUUAAACGGCUGAAAGGGGCUCUAAUGUUGGAGAAUCUCCAGCGAUCCUCCACCCAUCACAUUGGUCUUCAGCCCAACUCUCAGAUAGGAGAGGAGAUGAGUCAGAACAGCUUUAUUCAACAGUACCUGGCUAAACAGCAGGAGCUCCUUCGACAGAGACUGGAGAGAGAGGCCCGGGAAGCCACAGAGGCAGAUGAAGAGGAGGAUGACCACUCUCCGACUAAAGGCAGCACUUCCUAUUUGCCAGACAAGCAUCAUGGCAUACUCUCUCAUCUAUCUCUAACCCAAGUGGAGGGAGGUGGUGUGGAUCGUGGAGGAGGGCUGCCACAGGACCCAGGUUUAACGGGAUCACACAGACUGGAUAUGGGCCCUGCACCCAUGUCUCAAGAGUCAACUGACUCUAAAGCUGGGAGGACCAGGCAUCCUUUUCUCCCUAGCCAUGAGGAGGUUGCCACACCCUCUCCUCCACGUGCAGUUGCCUCCUUGUCUGUUCGAGUGGUUGGACAACCUGAGUGUCAAGGCCUGCCACUCAUGAUGCCCCGUACCUUAGAGAGAGAAGGAACAGCCCCAGUUGAAGCAGGUCCUGCCCAUUCAGUGUUACACCUCAGCCGUUCUGCGAGGGCCUCAGCUUGUGUUCAAGUUGAUAGUGAUGAAGAGGAUGAAGAUGACAGUGAAGACGAUGAUGAGUGGGGUCCUUCCUCUCAUGGGAAAAAGAAUGUCCGGGCUCCUCCUGUACACACUCCACCUGCCACAGCCCCUCAGCGAUCCCGUCGAAAGCUUCAGUCCCCACAGCACAUCCCUCCCCAGCCUCAACCAAUCCACCAGCCUCCUCUGCAGCUCCGCCAACCCACUCCUCCCCCAUCACCACCUCCAGAGCUCUCCUUCCCCCUACCGGACACUCCUAAACAGAGCCCCCAUGACCAAGAUGAACCAGCAGGCCUAGAAGAAGGUGCUGCUCCAGGGGCAGGACCUAUGCCCUCUCCUCCGUCCCUUAAGAGACAGGAGUCCAGCUCUAGUUCUAGAUCCAGCAGCCCAGAACCCCGGUCCACACGCAGACCUGGUCCUCUCAGUCUGCUGGUACGUAAAAUGGAGUCUGAGGGCGUGUUUGAUGGUGGACCUAAGGUAGGGAUGCAGGGAGAAGGAGAGAUGGAAGUUGAAGAGCAGGAAGAUGGCGAGGCAGCAGAAGGGCCUGGAGUGAUUGCUCGCACCGAACAGCAGCCUCUCAAGCCACAGGAGUCUGUGUCAGUGCCUGCUCAGCAUGAUGAUGCUCAAGACUCUGAGUUGGAGAAAGAGAAAGGACCUCAGAGAAAGAGAGAUGAGCAGAAAGAAAAUAAGAAAGUGGGUAACACGUCUGCACCAUUCCAUACUACUUUACCCACUUUCCAACUUAAGAGACCACGAAUUUUCUCUGAAGUCCCCCCACCUGAGUCACUUAGGUCACCCUCAAAACCUGAGCAGGUGCCAGUCCUCAACACAAAGCCUAAGAGCUCUGAAGAUGUUUCUCUGGAGACAGAGCCCUCUACUGCAAUGCCUGAAUCAAAAUACAAUGAGGGUGACACAGAAGUUAAGUUUCUGGAGAAACAGGCACCUUUACAGUCAGCUAGAGUGACUAAAGAGAGUGAAAAGGCCCCAUCUUCACCCCCUUUAUCUGAAGAAGGGGAAACUGAAAAAACAAGAGACCAUAAACGGAAAGGAAAACCAAAUGAACGACGCCCAUCAAAUCAGUCGUCAUCUCCUGAUUCAGAAUCAUCAUCCUCUCGUUCCUUAAGCUCUCCUUCACGAGAUAAAUCCAGCCCACUCAGCCGAAAAAAGGACGAGAAGUACGAGAACAGAAGAGCAGAUGUUAAAGAAAAGACCCAAUCUUCCAGGGAGGUGAAGCACGAAACUCUCUCUGAGGCUGCAGGCCAAGUUUCCAUGGAGCUGGAGAGCCACUCCUACUCAGAGAGUGCGAAGCAACAGUCUGGCCACCAGGGGUCAGUUGCCAGUGAGAUUCACCAAGAGGAGAAUUCCACUGCAAAAUCGUUUGCUGCCCGCAAGAUCUCAUUGAGCACAGGUAAAGCAGAAAAUGCUUCAUCUGAGUCGGAGUCUCUGGGUGGAGCCAGCAGGAAGAGAAGGUGGGGUUCUAGUACAGCAGUCACUGCCAAGAAACCAUCAAUCAGCAUCACCACUGAAUCGCUGAAGACACUAAUUCCAGACAUCAAGCCCCUCCAAGAGGCAGUGGUCGAACUGCACCCAGAUGAGGGGCGUAUGUCUGUGGAUGAGGAUUCAGCAGGGCCUCAUGACCAAGAGGAACCAGAGGAGGACCAGGGCCUCAAGAUCAGACGCACAGUAACGCAGGUUGUUUCAUUUGAUGGAAAUGAGAAUGGACAAAAAGAGGUGGGUGAUGAAGAUGAGGACGAGGAUGAGCAAAAAUGGACAACAGGAGAGAAGGAAAAAUGUGGUAGGAAACUGGAGAGCUCUUCGGAUGCCAUGAAAACACAGGAGACCGAUGUUAAGACAGUCACUCCCAACGAUUCAUUGGUGCGGCGCUCCAUCAGUCAGCAGAAAUCAGGUGUGUCCAUAACUAUAGAUGACCCUAUUCGAACAGGUCGCCAGCUGUCUCCUCCCCGUGGAAAAACCUCUAGCAUCAUACACAUCUGCAACCUGGUGCGACCUUUUACCUUAGGUCAGCUAAAGGAGUUGUUAAAUCGGACAGGUACAUUAGUGGAGGAGGGUUUCUGGAUCGACAAGAUCAAAUCGCACUGCUAUGUCACGUACUCAAGUAAAGAAAAUGCAAUUGCCACUCGAGAAGCACUGCAUGGUGUAAAAUGGCCUGCCAGUAAUCCUAAAGUACUUCGUGUGGACUUCUGUGAGCAAGAUGAGUUGGACUUCCAUAAAGGUGUUGUGUCCAGUAACCGUGCAGGUGAAGGUCAUGACCUUCAAGCCUCAGGAACUCUGGGCUGUCCCACUGCCCCUCCUCCACUUAUGCCCACCCACCGCGAAAAGGAGAAGGAACGAGAAAGAAACAGAGAUGGAGGACCUUCAGCUGUGAGAGACCAGUGGGCAGAGAGAGAAAGAGCAAUGGAGAGGAGAGAGAGGACUCGUUCUGAGCGAGAAUGGGAUCGGGAUAAAGUGAAAGAUUUUGGAAGAGAGGACAGAGACGGAACCAGAAAGUCGCAGUCACGGGACCGGGACAGAAGACGCAGAGAGAGAGGAAGGAGUAAAGAGAAGAGAACAGAAAAGAAAGAUAAACCAGAAGAGCCUCCUGCAAAACUUCUUGAUGAUCUGUUCCGCAAAACUGAAGCAGCUCCCUGUAUAUACUGGUUACCCCUCACAGAGGAACAGGCCACACAGAGAGCUCUGGAGCGUACUGAACGAAUAAAGGAGCGAGAGAAGAGGAGGAAGGAACUUCAGGAGGAGGAGGACAAAAAACGAGAGGAACAGCGGGAGAGAGCAAAAGUCCGCGACAGAGAGGGGGGAAAUGCAGGGGGUGUGGUUGGACGUUCUGCUGAGGGAGAUAGAGACAGGGAGAGAGAAAGAGAGAGACAAAGGGGUAGGGAGGAAGAAAGGAGGAGAGACAGUCACAGAGGGCGAGGUAGUGACUCCAAAACUGCAGGAGGCAGCAGAAGCUCACGGAGCUGUAGCAACAUCUCCAGAGACAGACGUCACUGAGUGUAAUGUGUAUGAGCGAGUGGGAGGGAAAUGUAAGAUCAGAUUCGUCAGCAUGGUGACGGCUCAAAGAUUAAAUUUCAGUCCUUUUGACACUUUAACAUUUCAUUUUUUAGCACAUAUUUCAGUCACACAUAAAUCAUAUAAUCUCUCUAAUUAGAGGGUUGUUUUUUUUUUUUGUUGUUUUUUUUCACAAAA